GAGGGUGGGGGGCGUGCGCACCGAGCGAGAGGGCGAAGGAGCGAGGUGGGGACUGGGGAGAGAUGCCUGGCGGCAGGAGGAGGGGCCCCCUGUGGAGCCUCCCGGUGGCGAGGUCGGAUGCGCUCGGCAAGCUGGGCCCCGCCUUCGGCAUCGGCGCCGGCUGCGGCGUGGGCGUCGGCUUCGGCCUCCUCGGAGGUGCAGGGAUUGGAGCUGGAUUCCCUGGUUUACAAUUGGGAUUUGGAGCUGGUGCCGGAUGUGGAAUAGGAAUAGGUUUUGGUUAUGGUUUUGGAAAAGGCGUUGCAUAUGAUGAAAGCGGGAGAUAUUCAAACAUCAGGAGACCACUCCAGAACUCCAGAAGCCUUGCUUACGACGAGCAGUUUGACAUCAUGUUCGAUGAACUGAUGGAGAGCACCAGGAAGCUGAUCAAAGCAACAUCGAAGGAGAUCGACAAGUGGAGGCGGAUGUAGGGCAAGCAGCAUACUACAUAGGAACUGCAUAUAUAUUCAGAACCAAAAGUCCUCGGAGGCGCACCGCACGUGCCCCUGUGGGAACUGAACUGACCUUUUUUGCUCGCUCGCUGUUAGCAGCGAAUAUUUUCAGCGAUUCAUGAGAUACGCUGCCCGAUACUCUCGGCCUGUUUGAUGCUCAGAACGGAUUACUUUUUCAGCCAUGUGCUGGGAUGCGAACACCAUGUGAUGGCGACGGCCGCCUGGGAUUUGAAAUAUCACCCACGACGUCGCCGUCGACGCCCUUGUGCGCUUCUGGAGAGCGCUAUUUUUUGUAUCGAAAUAUAUCAAAUAUCUGGCCGGGCCUGUAUUUUUUUUAAUCUGCGCCCAUGUGUUGACUGGAGCAGGCA